AUGAUUACCACUCUCCAGAAACCACUUUCUCAAAGUUGCGCCGUACUCUGUACCGGGGCUUCAGUAUUCUCGAGAUUAUCUCGGUUCCAUAUCGCAAACCCCCUAGCACGUUUUCCAGAGCGCCAAUGGCAGUAUCAAGCCCGAGGACUACAAACACGUUAUCGACCACCUCGAGUCAUGUCACCCUUGCGUGUCCUAUCAACGGAUGAGAAACUUGACAAACUCAUGGCCUCUGCAGCAAGAUUCGAGAAGGAGUACAAAGCGGCUGGAAGUAUCAAACAACGUCUUGCGGCCAUUGAUAAAGGAAACCCGGAUAUCGCCAAGUUUCGAAAGUCCCUUUUUCAGACUGCUGAGCUAGAAGAUCUAGAGUCUUUUGCACGAAGGUUUAGCAAAGAACAUGAGAAUGAACUGAAGGAGGCUAGGUCGGAUGGAGCCGCGGGAGUUGUGGUUUUCCUGUUGUCCUUGUCCGGGAUUAUCUGGUUGGUCAGAGCCGCGAUAUCGUCUGUUUCUAAAGACGAGAAGGAGCCCACCAAGCCGGAACCUCGGAGCUUAGAGAAGGAUUCUCCUCAGGCUGGCUCUACAAAGACUUAUAGGAGGAAUCCCAACAAAGUCGAGACGGAGGGACCUGAGAUAAAAUGCAUGUGCCAUCGCCCACUUGAGCUCGAUAAUACACGAGUGCUGUGA